GUGGGUCCAUGUUCACAUAGGACAGGUGUAGGGUGGAUGUGACGAUUCUCUCUCUACCCGCAGCUGCACACCGCACCUCUUCGCCAGGAUUGGUGCCGGAAAAUCUGUCUUUUGCUUCGCGCUGUACGCGGGAGGCAGAGUCACCGGCUGACCGGGCGGGGGUGCUAUUCACCGAUCACAGCAGCAGUGCUUACGGAGGCGCGACUUCUGUCGUAUCAAUCAUGUCAACGGAGGAUGACGCCGCCGCCGAACGAGCUGACAAGUACGAGCAAUGGGUUAGAUCUGUUCUCGGGCCAAAGCUCGAGGACUUUCGAGAAAGGGUAGCCAAGGUCGAGCACGAGAUGGGCCAGUACGCCGAGCUAAAGGAGAAGCUGUCGGGCAUCAUGGUGAGGGAAGAAGAUGGACCGCUGGAGAUGCUCACCGACCUAGGCGCCGAUUGUUUCGCCAAGGUUAAGGUGCAAGACCCGUCAAAAGUUUUCGUGAAGGUGGCUCUCGGAUUCCACGUGGAGUUCACACUCCCGGAGGCGAUUUCAUUCGCGGAUGUGAAACGUUCAAGCCUGGCGAGUGCCGCGGCGAAGCUCAGAGACAGCGAAGCAGAAGUAGCCCGGGAUAUCGCAUCGGCCGAGUCCAUGAUCCGAGAUUUGAGGGCUCUGGGUGAAGCGGUUUCAUGACACUCGGUUAAACCUCGACGGGUACUUUGAUUGAUUUGUGUUCCCUCGUCAUACUUUGCGUUGUGUGGGCUCGGCGUUUAUGACCUUUCAUGGUGGGGAAUGUUGUGUGUGGAGUUUGUAUGGAGGCGCUUCAUAUUUCAAUGCGUAUUGCCGGAAUAU